AUGAGAGAGCGACUGCACUCCCAGUUCCAUAAAAACAGUGUUUAUAUCCGUAGUAGUCAGCUGGGGGCUGUGUAUAAAGCAGAGAGACUGUCGGAUGGAGCCACCGUUGCUGUAAAGGAGAUUUCUCUGCGGAACAUCCCUGAUGACCAAUAUGUGGCUCUGUGCCGUCCGUACGAGCUGUCACGCUACCUUGCUCACCCACACUUACUAGUAUACCAUGAAGCGUAUGUCAUUCCUGGAGAGCGCUGCCUUCUCGAGAUGGAGCUCUGCGAGAAUGGCGCACUUAUCGACGUCCUGGAUGACCUUUACAAACGGAAAGAGCAUCUCGAGGAGUCGUUCGUGUGGGAGAUAAUUGCACAGAUUGCAGAUGCUCUUGCCUACCUUCACGACGCUGACAAGCCCCAAGGACCAGUUCUCCACAAGGCUGUCAGAGCCUCGAGCAUAUUCAUUGGGGAGAGCGGUCUAAAGCUAGCAAAGCUAGGCUCAACACGCCACGCAUCAGAGCUCACAGUGUUUGGGACCAGGCACAAGCACGAUAUGUACCUUCCUCCGGAGGCCACAGUGCGGCGAACGCCCACUGAUAAAUGGGACAUCUGGGGCCUUGGCUGCCUCGCAGUUGAGGUGUGCACCCUCGGGACUGUUUAUAACGACUCCUCGACAAUGCUUAGCAGAUUAUCAUUUGAUCUCCGACCUUACUCGAACGCUCUUGCUUUCAUGGUGGCGAGUUGCCUCAGUGUGUGUGAUAGGGACAGACCAUCGGCUGUGGAAAUCAAGGGCCAUAUAGAGAUAAAGCGUGCGCUACGCCGCGUCAAUCCGUCCAGCGUGACAAAAAUUUGCAAUCCGGAACUCCGGGCUCCAAACGAACAUGGAUCUGAAACUGACAGUUUACAAGAUGAGUGUGAGGUAGAAACAGACGUAGAAGUUUGUACUGCUGACUUCGACCACAGCAUCAGCAUGAGCUCGCCCAUUGUUGGAGAUGGUGUCAUAAAAGCAUCCCUCGGUGAAGCUAGCCAGUGUUCUCAGGUCGAUCUAACUCUAUCUCGAGGGUGUGCACACAACGGGCUCAUAUCUGACGAUCUCAUGGAGCUUAUAUUGAACGACAAUUCCCACGGUGUAUCUGCUCAAAUAGACAGGCUCAUGAACUGCCUCAAAACAGCCUUAGAUGUAGCUGCAUUCGAAUCUAGGCCAAAUGCCCUUCGGAUUAUUUGUGAAGCAAUCUAUACAAACGCACUUCCCAUACAGAUUUCUAAAAGAAAGGGGGAACGUAGUCUUGGGAAGACCCCCUUGAUGUUUGCAGCAGAAACAGGUAAUACAGAGAAAAUUCUACAACACCUUGACCAAACAAUGCAGUUAUUCUACACCUCUCUUCCUUCUAGAUCCGAUCAAGGUGUACACCAUGGUGUAAGCAAUAAUAGACAUACAGAUGAAGUGACAGCGCUGAUGAUUGCUGCUUCAGCAAACAAAGUUGAAGCUGUAAAGCUUCUCCUCUUGGAAAUUGGUGUGCAGAAUCAAAAUGGGAUGACGGCAUUGAUGUUUGCAGCCAUGAACGAUAGCGUUGAAGCAGCAAAAUACUUAGUUGCCGAAGCGGGGUUUAGAACUGCGGAGGGAAAGACUGCCCUUAUGCUUGCAGUUUAUAACAAUGCAACGGAAUGUGUAGAGCUACUCAGGGGGAGAGAAAAUCACAUCGCCGACAGAGCUGGAAACCGAGCUAUAGACUAUGUGUACACAUCCGGAACGAAGGUCCCUUUAUACCAUCAAAAGAGAAUGGCAAGUAUCUUGAACAGUUAA